GAGAAAAAAAUACGGUGUGUUUUGGAUGACAUCACAUCUAUCCCAGAUUCCUGCCGCCUGCCCGCUUGGCGUUGCGAGCCGUUCGCGCGCACACACCUUUCUCCCCGCGCCGCUCGAGGAGUAGGAGGUGCGGUCUGAUCGCGCCACGCGCCAGGAGGAGGAGGGCUGGAUAAGAAAACCUUUCGGCAUGAGCAACACUUUCCUCAACAUGGCGUCCAUAGGCGACUUCGACCCGCUCAACGCCGCUAUCCCGGCCACCAAAGUUGAGAUCACCGUGUCCUGCAGAAACCUGCUGGACAGAGACACCUUCUCCAAGUCUGACCCAAUUUGCGUGCUCUACACACAAGGCAUCGGAAACAAGGAGUGGAGAGAGUUCGGGCGGACAGAAGUGAUCGACAACACGCUGAACCCGGACUUCGUUCGCAAGUUCGUUCUGGACUACUUCUUCGAAGAGCGGCAGAAUCUGAGGCUUGAUCUGUAUGAUGUCGACUCAAAUAGCGCAGACCUUUCCAAACACGACUUCCUGGGUCAGGCCUGCUGCACUCUGGGAGAGGUGGUGGGCUCGCUGGGCAGUCGCGUGGAGAAACCCCUGGGGUUUACAGAGGAAGAGGCGUACAGGAUGCCUAAAUCGCUGUUCCUCCCUUGGAAGUCUACCGGAGGCAAGACGGGGAUCCCAGGGAAGAAGUGUGGCACCGUCAUCGUAAAGGCAGAGGAAUUGAGCAACUGCAGGGAGUCAGUUCUGAUGCAGUUCUGCGGGAACAAGCUGGACAAGAAGGAUUUUUUCGGCAAGUCUGAUCCGUUCCUGGUCUUCUAUCGGAGCAACGAAGAUGGAUCGUUCACCAUCUGCCACAAGACGGAGGUGGUGAAGAAUACGCUGAACCCCGUGUGGCAGGCCUUCAAGAUCCCCGUCCGGGCGCUCUGCAACGGAGACCACGACAGGACCGUCAAGAUCGAGGUGUACGACUGGGACCGGGACGGCAGUCAUGACUUCAUCGGGGAAUUCAGCACCAGCUACAGAGAGCUCUCCCGGGGCCAGAGUCAGUUCAACGUCUAUGAGGUGGUGAACCCCAAGAAGAAAGGCAAGAAGAAGAAGUACCUCAACUCUGGAACUGUAACACUGCUGUCAUUCCUGGUGGAUAUCGAGGUCACCUUCUUGGACUACAUCAAAGGAGGGACCCAAAUGAACUUUACCGUCGCUAUCGAUUUCACUGCCUCGAAUGGUAACCCAGCACAGCCCACCUCUCUGCACUACAUGAGCCCGUACCAGCUCAACGCCUACGCCAUGGCCCUGAAGGCGGUGGGCGAGAUCAUCCAGGACUACGACAGCGACAAGAUGUUCCCCGCGCUGGGCUUCGGCGCCAAGCUGCCGCCCGACGGACGCGUCUCCCACGAGUUCGCCCUGAACGGGAACCCCCAGAACCCCUACUGCUCCGGGAUCGAGGGAGUGAUGGAGUCCUACUACCAGAGCCUCAAGUCGGUGCAGCUCUACGGGCCCACCAACUUCUCCCCCGUCAUCAACCACGUGGCCAGGUAUGCAGCGUCAGUAAAAGAUGGCUCCCAGUACUUCAUCCUCCUCAUCAUCACGGACGGUGUCAUCUCAGACAUGGCCCAGACCAAGGAGUCCAUCGUCAACGCUGCUGGUCUCCCCAUGUCCAUCAUCAUAGUGGGGGUGGGGCCGGCAGAGUUUGACGCCAUGGUGGAGCUGGACGGAGACGAAGUGAGGAUAUCAUCCAGAGGAAGAUUUGCUGAGAGAGACAUCGUCCAGUUCGUGCCGUUCCGGGACUACGUCGACCGGACUGGGAACCACAUCCUGUCCAUGGCCCGUCUGGCCAAAGACGUGCUGGCCGAGAUCCCCGACCAGUUCCUGUCCUACAUGCGGACGCGGGGGGUCAAACCCUCACCCGCCCCGCCGCCCUACACUCCCCCAGCCCUGCCCGUGCACACCCAGAUCUGACCCCCCCCCCCCCCCCCGAGGAACCGGGCCACGUGGAUGCGGUUGCCGUGGUGACGAUGACCACAGUGGGGAGGGUCGAAAUAGGAGGCCUCCGAAAUAAUGUACUUCCAUAUAUUCCUCCCCCCUCCCCCCCAUGCGCCAAUCUGGGGGACAACGUGUGUGUGUGUGUGUGUGUGUGUGUGUGUGUGUGUGUGUGUGUGUGUGUGUGUGUGUGUGUGUGUGUGUGUGUGUGUGUGUGUGUGUGUGUGUGUGUGUGUGUGUGGGGGGGGGGGAUAAACCGGGGAGCGUGUGUUAACUUCCACCGUCGGUUGUUUCUGAGAGGAAAACUCCAGACUCAGCAUCGACAGUUCUGGACCCCCCACUUCCUCCCCAGUAACCACGGAAACCGUGGGAACGGAGCUUCUCCAGACAAAGAAUUUAAUCCUGUAAAUAACUGGACGAAUGGGAUCUCUCUCUCUCGCUUUCUCUCUCUUUCUCUCUCUCUCUCUCUCUCUCUCUCUCUCUCUCUCUCUCUCUCUCUCUCUCUCUCUCUCUCUCUCUCUCUCUCUCUCUCUCUCUCUCUCAGCAGUUCAGGUGUUGGUAGCCCUACUGUACUGUACUGUAGUACAUGUAUUUGCAUGGGUGUAGCCUUGGUCAAGUGCAUGCAUAGUGGUCCUGCACUAAAUUUGUCUUUGUGUUUGUCUGUCUAACUCUUGUCUGUCUGUCCAACUGUUGGACUCUGUCUGUCUGACUCUGUCAGUCUGUCUGUUGGUCAGUCCAACUGUCUGUCUGUUGGUCAGUCCAACUGUCUGUCUGUCUGUCUGUACUGUUCUCAGGCAUAGGGGUCAUGACCCUAAUUUUUCUUCCGGAAGAAUUACUACCCUUACCUUUUCUCUCUCUCUCUCUCUCUCUCUCUCUCUCUCUCUCUCUCUCUCUCUCUCUCUCUCUCUCUCUCUCUCUCUCUCUCUCUCUCUCUCUCUCUCUCUCUCUCUCUCUCUCUCUCUCUCUCUCUCUCUCUCUCUCUCUCUCUCUCUCUCUCUCUCUCUCUCUCUCUCUCUCACUCACUCACUCAUCGUUUCUCUCUCGCUCUCUCUCUCUCUCUCUCCAAACUGCCUUGGCAAUAGAUGUCUCUCGCCCAGGGCGUCUCCCUGUUCUGUAGCUGCUCUCAAACAAUGUGUUCGAGGGGGAAUAAAAGCCCAGCAACAAAAAACGCAAAGAAAACCCAUUCUCCCCUUUCUACCGUUUGUACCGUCCCCCAUCCCCCGACGACUUUUAUACACUGGUUUGAUCUGGUUUGCACGAGGGCCAAUCAGUGUGAGGGAACAUCUGUUCAGCCACAGCCAUCGGUAGCUAUUUGCUUUUAUAUCUGUGAAAACAUUUUAUUGUUGUUUGUUUUUUCCGAACUAACGGUAAGAAAGCAGAACUGUCUAAUUAUUAGUCCUCACUGUUUGAUUGGAAGUUGUUCUGCCGUCGUCUUCCACCCAGCGUGGUUGGUGGGGACGUGAGGUAGCUGCUAGCUAGCUGCUAGCAGCUAUGCUAACUGUAGGGGUGCAGGUGACCCGUCUCUACUAGCCUUAGCACCUGUUGGAUAGGAGCAGGGUGUCUUCACUCACUGCCCCCCCCCCCCCCCCCCCCCGUAGCACAAGGCCUGACGUCAGGAGAUGGGGUCCCAGAGGACCCAGCCGGGGCGUUUGGUAAAUAAUGUUUCUCACAAAAAAAAAUCAAAAAGGCCCACUUCGUUGGCUGUCAGUGGGCGUGGCCUGUUCAAUUAAGAUCUGUGGGCGUUGCCUGUUCAAUUAAGAUAUGUUGGGGUGGCCUUUUCAAUUAAGAUAUGUGGCGUGGUUUGUUAAAUUAAGAUAUGUGGGCGUGGCCUGUUAAAUAAAGAUCUGUGGGCGUGGCCUGUCCAAUUAAGUGUUAAUUAUAUUGACCUUUGGCUUUAAUCUUAUUUUUGGCUUUAGUUUACUCCCCCUCCCCCCCCCCCCCAGUGGGGUCCAGGCAUGUGGCGGUAGAACCAAGAACCUUUCAGCUGGACGUCGACCCUGACCCCCACUAGCCUGCCCCUCCUCCCCCCCCCCCUGAACUCGUCCCCCCUCCCAGCUGGUCUGUGUUCGUACAGGAUGUUUGAUUGGCCAGGUGUUUCUUCAAGUGCAGAGGAUUGGAUACUUGGUUAAUCACAAAUACUGGGAUGUCUGUUUACAAACGUGAGGAAUCUUCAACGGACAAUUUGGAGGAAAGGAUUUGUCAAAAAUAUAAAUUUCCAUAAGGAUGUCAUCGUGAUUAAUAUUUGAUUAUCUUCCACUUUAAGGGGCCAAAACUCUUGGCAUUUGUCAAAAAAAAUAUUAGAUUUCAAACAAUGUUAUAAUAUUGCUUCAUCGUUCUCCUCUUUGUAAAACUGGUCAUUAAGUUGAAACUGUAACAAGCACCGCCCUCAUUGAAACUUGUUUUUUCCCAUCUGCGCUGUAAUGGGCUGCCUCUUGAUUGGAGAACCCUUCGUUAUCCUCUGUUGAUAUAUGAAGACCCAAGAUGAGCUCAAAACGACAUUCCCACAGCUAGAGCAUUGUAGACACUUUUUACGGCAUUGUAUUCAUUACAUUGUGAUAAUAAUGAAAAGUAUUUUACAGUUUUUAUUAUUUAAUGUAUUUUAUUUUGUUUUCAAAAAGGUGUCAAUGAAAAAACUAUAGGUGCCAAUACUGGGACCAAAACGUGUCGAACACACUAGUGAGUUAAUGAGCUAGUUUCGAAGGAGAUAUCUAACAGGUAACAGUCUUUCUCAUGAAGACAUGAGAGCCAACACAUCUCUUCCCAUGCUUAUUUGAUGAAUUCAUCGAUCACUUAAUUCUCUAUUCACAAGAUUGUCUUUAAUAUAAGGUUUAGGGUGUGUGUGUAUUUUCUACAUGUGUGUCUGUGAUAUGUAGCACUUUGUGUGCGUACAUGUGAGUGUGUACAUGUGGGUAUGUACAUGUGUAUGCAUCUGCGUGUGAGUGUAUAUGUGUGUGUGCAUGUGAGUGUGUGUGAGUGUGCAUGCGUGCAUGUGUUUGUGUGUGCGCGAGGGCCUUUUCUACGAGUGUUUAAUCGGACCGUGUGCAUUUAUCGGACACACAUGCGAUCUAUGUUUACUGAGGCGAUCGGAAUCCUAUAUUGUACGCGCAUCAUAACUUUUCUAGCGUGCACUCUGUUUGCAUGUAACUUUUACAUGGGAUGCGCACGUUUGGCUUGUGUUUUGAAGUAUCUACAAAUGAUCUGUACAAAAUGGCCUUAAAUCUUUCACGGAGUUUCUUUGAAUUGUGGGAUGCCUUCUUCUGAUUAAUGGAUUGUUCGAGGAUUUAAAUCGGGAAUCUAUUUUGUGUCUGUGUUUUUAUUGCUUUGGAGUGUUCUUUUUUAUUUGCACAACACAUUUAUUGACAGAAAACUAUCUUGUACUUUUUGAUGGCGUGGUUCAUCGGAAAACGCAUGACUAAUGUAUACUGAUUGUCUGUUAAUCCGUAUAUAAUAGAUGACUAUUUCUGUAUUAAAUUAUACAUUUUUUCAAUAAAUAUUCUUACUAAACACAAA